AUGAAAUUUAUUGGCUUCCUUUUCUUCUGUAUGCUGAUGAACAUGCUAACAGAUACCCGGUCAAUUCAGGAAGGAGAUGAUCUUUAUCGGGAAUCUGUAGCCAUGCCGUACUGGCCCUUCUCCUCCAGCGACUUCUGGUCCUACGUGGAGUAUUUCCGGGCGCUGGGAGCCUAUGACAGGAUCGACGAAAUGGCCAGAGCCUUGUUCGCCCAGCUGCCUCCGGGCAGCCACCUGGGCUUCCACGUGCCCAGCCGCGAGCACUGAGCCAUUGCUUCCCUCCUUGUGCCUCGGCCGCGCCGACCCGUCCUGGUGGGCGGACAUGUGCAGGUGGGCGCCCGGCGGGAGGCCUGCCCGUGCUGCCGCUCCCGCUCUUUAGAGCAGGUGUGUGUAGCGCUGCGUGCGCUGGGAGGCCAGCGGGUAAAGGUAGCCUUUCCUGGCUGCCAUUUCUGCUUUUGUGCAAAGUCAAUAAACUCGUCGGUUGUGUCAGGGGGUUUUGUUUUAUUUUUUAACGCGUCACGCCCGUGGCCUUGCCUCAGGAAAGCAAGCUCUGGCAUGCGCUGGGCGAGCCGAACACCAAUCCCCGCCCGUCUCUGAGGCGGGGGGGCGGCAGGGCACC